AUGAACACGCCAUUGGGCUGUGUUGGUUACACGAGCCUGGUUGGGCGUUCUCGCGUUCUUGAGAUGACCACGUUGGCGGACUUCAUUGGCAAGAAGCCGGCACACCCACUGCUUCCUUUACCGUUAGUCCUGCAUCGAAGGAGCACAUGCAGCAGGAAAAGUCGCCUCAUCAUGGAUUAUGAGGUCAACCACUCGACCGAGAUGAGCGCUCUAACGAAUUCUUCGUCAACCUAUCUCGAAUCCGCCGGUGCUCGAUACCCCCUUCUUGACUAUUUGAGAGUCAAAUGGCGCGUUCCAAAGAUCGCUUGGGGCAUUAAAUCACUCAAGACAUAUUGGGCGUUGUUAGAAUCUCCUAUGAGAAUCCAUAACCACAGCAACCGCAUCUUGGUACUGAUCGCGAUCGCAAUGACUACCUGGACCGUUUUCGAGCUUGCCUCGACUAUCAAUGGCACCAAAAUGCAGGGUCUUAGUUAUUUUGACCGCGGUCGGCUACUAGUUGCAGUCGCAUUUGCUGCUUGUUGGAUUGUGUUUAGCCUUGUCUUGGCUAUGUACGACUGCAACAAGCAGGGAUUACACGUUGUCCACCCCGUCUUGGACGACUUUCCAAUAUCAAUCGCCGUUAAUGAGUCGAAGUAUAAUGCGGGACUUUCAGCGGAAGCGCCCAAUAAGAGGUCGGAUUCUCCUGCAGCUGUUGACGUCGACAGAAGCAACAUUGGGCCAGCUACCACAGAGAGUCUGCACAUGCCAGCCACCUCUCAUAAAGAGAUGCAAAACGAGCCAGCAGAUUCUGCAAAGUCCGAAGGAAACACCGAACAAAUUCACAAUUCAGUGCAGCUCGGUGUCGGCAUAUAUUGUACACAGAGCCGGCCUCAAGAUAUUCAGGAGCAACAGAUGAGCCACGAUAAUAAGCAACAACCAUGUACGCCCAAAGACGUCGAUACUCGUGAGAGCCCCUACGUGUACCACAAUCAAGGUUUCUUUGAAGUCCUUCUUUGCCGUCGUGGGUACGGGUUGUCUACCACCGACACUGUCUGGGCCAACCCCAACGUCCCUUUUACGAUCGAAGAUCAACUGGUUUUGCACAAUUUGGAUUCAGGGUUGAUGCGCUUCAAAAGUGCCUUUUACUCUUAUUCAAGACAUCAAUUCCCCCUCAUUAGCCUAAGCUUGGUAUCUGUUAAGCCGAGUAUAGGUCUUUUUGGCACACACCUACACUCAAAAUCUACCCCCGACACACGCAUUUGCAUUUCCGGUCUCAGGAAUGUGAAUGAAAUCCAAGCAUUCGACACACUUAUGUCCAGAUCUGGCAAUAGGCAUCUCUAUAGCCCCUUGAAACUCUGCUAUCAGAACAGCCAGAUCAUCCGCUCAGCUGGCCCGGCUUCGCACAACAUCAAGUCUUCGAGCAUUCAGACCAUGUGUGGCAGUCUAGUGACAUUCGACGAGAUAGAUAGGUCUCAAAGAAAGUCUACUAUAGGCGGUAUCAUUGAGGUCGAUGGACAACCCUUCGCACUUACGACAAGCCAUCGUGUCGAUAAGGAGAUCACGACUGAGGAUGAGGAUGACCCGUCCCUCGCAGACCUCAUCACGGCAUUCGACAGCGAAACUCUCGGAGGUCAAGAGUCACUGCAACCCACAUCUUCUCCGUAUAUGAGGUCGCUGUCUGUCGCACCUUCGCUCCAUGAAGAUGGCGAAGUACUCGAUGCCUCAAUCACUGAGAAACUGCAGCCAGCUCCCUUGGAAGGCUUGAGCUAUGGAUGUGCGCUAACACCAGAUCUGGAAGAAACCUGGGAUGAUUGGGCCCUUCUAUCCGUUAGACCAGAACACUGUCUACCAAAUAUAGUGCCAUAUCCUAGUUUCUCAUCAUCGAAGGAAGAGGGCAGGAACCGACAAAUUAGCAGAUUUCUUGACUUUGACUCGAUGAGCUUCGACAACAGCCUACCCUGGCCUGUUUUGAUCAUCUCAGGCGUCAGUGGCACGAUGUCUGGUUUGCUGUCCUCGAGUCCGUCUUACAUGCUGGCGGAAACGAGCCGGCCCCAAGAACUAUGGAAUAUAAGGCUUGUUCAAGGCGAUCUUCAAGCAGGUGAUUCCGGAUCUUGGGUUGUUCGAGAGAGUGACUGCAGCCUCCUUGGCAUGAUCGUAGCACGCUCGAACUGCGCGGCUUACAUGGUCUCAUUCGCGAAAACGAAAGACCCUUUUUCGAUAGGCGGCAUUAUGUUUCGUGUCAACCGCUUCCCAAUCAGAGGACUACUACUUAUGAACGACCUCCAGAGAAUUCAAGGGCCCGAGAUGUCGCAGGCGUAUCUCAAAACAGCGAAUUGGAUGUCAUACUCGAUAAUAGCCAACGAAUCGAAACCCAGCUGUCUCAAGUUUCGCUCCGAAAAGAGCGUGUUGAGCUACAGAAUGGAGACAACAAACUUCAAGUGGAAUCCCGAAGCGACUGUGACGACAACUGUCCAUGUGGAAAGCCUAGGCGGUGUUUAG